CUCAAGCUGUUUUUUUAGACAAACGUUGUCAAGCUGCUUUUUGUCAAGCUGCUGGAAAUAAACAGAAAAAACAAUCAAAACAGCAGGCCAUUAGUUGGGCCGUUCUGCUCGUAGGCUACAGGCCCAGUGCGCCUGUUUCGCUGGAAGGCAAGGCGGCACGCCACCUCUGACUUGCCUUCGGGCACGGAUCUGGUUCCCCAGCAAAUCCCCUUCUCCUGCUCAGGAACCCACCCUCGGGCGCCGCGCCGGUAAGGUUCACCGGAAUCGCCGGUAAGGUUCACCGGAAUCGCCGGUACUGGGCGCCGCCCGCUGUCGCCGCGCCGGUAAGGUUCACCGGCAUCGCCGGUACUGGGCGCCGCGAUCGACUGGUUGACUCGAUCCGAUUACGAGCCGGCCGGCCCUAACCGACGCGUCCACCAGUCGAAUUCGGAAUCCCAUCUCGCCCGAUCCCCGCUGCAUCUUGUUGCCGAGCCCGUCUCUCUCUCUCUCUUAGCCUACUGCUGUGGGCUGUGGCAGAUGGAGCCCAUGAGGGUGCGGACGAGAAUUCCUAUCAUCUACGAGGUCGUGGAAGAUCGGGAGCCGGCCGACGGGCAGCAAUUCCUGGAACGAGGUAUACGGGAUUGGAUGCAAGGCCGGUUGCCGUUGAUCGAUCAAGAACUCGACAUGUUACAGACACAACAAGAGGCUCGGCAGCAGAGCCGCUAUGAGGAGGAGGAGGAGGAGGAGGGGCCGUUCUGGCCGAGUUUGGUAGUCCCAGCCUCGCGCGACGCCGUCCUGCAGCUGCCGGAGACAGCCGGCGCGCCAGCCGGAGCCCGGCUCCAGCAAACGGAGUGCGCCGUGUGCCUCAAGGAUUUCAAGGUGGACGACAAGGUCACGACGAUGCCGUGUGACCACUACUUCCACCAAGGUUGCAUCUAUGAGUGGCUCAUGGUCAGCUGCGUCUGCCCCCUCUGCCGUCACGCGCUUCCUGCUGCAACUCCACCGGCGCACCACAUGGAGGCGACAAGUCCAUCUCCAUGACCAAUUUUUCUGCUGGUGUCACUCUCCCUGCUUCAAGCCAGGCAGACAAGGAAAUUUAUCAGCUAUUCAGUCCUCAAUGUAAACCUAGAACUUGAAGCAGAGCAUAUCUUUAUUGUUUUUGAGAAAAAAAAGAGCGUAUCCUGAUCUGCUUCUAGAGCAACGUUGUGGCCCCUCUCUCUCUCGCUCUCUGUUUUCCUUUGAUGUAAAACUAUUCAUGUCUCCAGAGAAGAAUGUUUAACUUGAACUAGUGCCAUGUUUAUUUUACCUGCCACCGGUGUUACCCAGAUCAGUAUAUCACUGGCGCUCUAUUGUCACUGAUGAUAUUAGGGUCCCUUUUCUUUGACUGUAUUCCUUGGUGUUGAGGAGUAAGAGUAUUUGCUUUAGUUGUCACUAGCAAGAAUGCACAUUUGUCAGUGAUUCAACUCUCAAGCAAAAUACCUUUGACAAGGGUACUUAUUCCUGAGAAAAAUACAAACUUCUUUUUUUUCCUGGAAAAAUAGAAACUGAAACAAUGAUCUAGAAGAGGUUCAACCAUGCCCUUACAAUUUUCGCUCCAAACAAUAACCGUGGUGUUCAGACUCUGAUGGGUGUAUUAUGGUUUACUGUUAUCUCUGAUGGUGUUCAGACUCCCCAGAAAAUAGGAAACU